AUGGGCCUGGCGAAGAUUUGUAUCGGCAAGACCUACACUGCAUGUGGCACGCCGGACUAUUUCGCGCCAGAGUUGAUCGCAUCUACUGGUCACACAGUCGCGGUGGACUGGUGGACGCUGGGCAUCUUUCUCUUUGAGUUGCUGAGUGGUCACCCGCCAUUUGAGUCUUCGUACCCCAUGCAGACAUACCAGAAAAUUAUGCGGGGCAUCGCGAAGGUGGCCUUCCCGCCAAAGUGCAAGGGUUCAGCCGAGGACUUGGUCAAGAGCCUCUGCAAGCACGACCCCGCGGAGAGGCUUCCCAUGAAGAAGGGUGGCAGCCGCAACAUCAAGUCGCAUCCCUUCUACAAGGGCUUCGACUGGGCGUCCUUCGAGUCGCUGAGGCCCUUCGUGAGAAGUCUAGUGGGGGCUUCUGGAGAAGAAAGAAGAGGCACCAUGACCCGCAAGAAGUCUGGAGCGGGCCUGGGAAACUCGCUGGCCAAUGACCGCCGAAAGCGUGCCGAGGGUUACAACGGUCACAAAGCCAGUGGGGUCCCAGAGGGCCAGGCGAACCGGUCAGUGCUCGAGCAAACCUCGCUGGAUGACUUCAUCGCCAAAGCGGAGCUCGCAAAGGCGGACUUCCAUGCCGCACGAGGUCAAGCUGUCGAGUGCACGACAGAGAUCAUCUACAGAGCAGCGGCGGACCCAGCAACCACCCGAGAGAAGGAGGCCGAGGCCAAGAAGGUGGAUGUUCCCAUCCCAUGGCGCCCUCCCUGGCAGGAGGCCUCCUCUGCAGAAGAGUUGGCAUCUGCCGAGGGGCAGGCCUUUCUCGAAUGGAGGCGAGGACUUGCAAAGCUUGAGGAGGAGGAUGGCUUGGUCUUGACCCCCUACGAGCGAAAUCUGGACUUCUGGCGCCAGCUCUGGCGCUGUGUCGAACGCAGUGAUGUCCUCGUGCAGAUCCUGGACGCCCGCGAUCCGGAGUUCUACAGAUGUAGAGAUCUUGAACGGUACAUCGAGCAGUUUCCGAACAAACGCCACCUCCUCCUGCUAAACAAGGCAGAUUUCCUGAACAUGCAGCAGCGUGAGCAGUGGACGUCCUACUGGACCGACAAGGGCGUUGAGACAAUCUUUUUCUCAGCCCUGCGGGAGCUUCACAAGCAGCAGCGUGCCUGUGCCUCCUCGUCUGCUCGAGAUGCUCGAGCUCCCGAGGACGAAGACAGCGAAAGCGAUCUCGACAGCGAACCGGACGACGAAGAAUCCGUAAAGACCGAGGAUGCGGAGAGCUCACGACGUCUCCCACCUCACGGUCCUCUGGAGGAUGGUGGGAUGAGCGGCGUAGCGGACUGCGCGCGUCUACUGGACGAGCUGCAAGCGCGCAUGCCCCCUUCAAACGCUUCAAGGAGAGGCGUCGUGGGCUUUGUGGGCUACCCCAAUGUUGGGAAAAGCUCCGUCAUCAAUGCUUUAUUUGGGGCAAAGAAGGUUUCAAUGAGCCGUACCCCUGGCAAGACCAAGCACCUGCAAACUCUAGAGCUCAGUGAUUCAAACAUCACUCUCUGCGACUGCCCCGGCCUAGUAUUCCCGUCAGUGGUGGCCACCCGGGCCCACUUGGUCAUCAACGGAACUGUUCCUCUGGAUGAGCUGAGAGAUUUCAUCGAUCCCAUCCGGCUCAUCGUCGGCAAGAUAGGGCCUGAGCCGAUCUUGCAGAGGUACGGCGUCAGCGCCUCGGAGGUCCGGGAUGGUGCCAUCCGCCGGGGUGUUGGCGAGGCCUCGGACGAGAUGGCGCACCAGGUUCUCUGUGGCCUCGCAACGCACCGGCACCACUUCCUCAGAGUGGGGGUGCCAGAUGAGACCUGGGCAGCCCGGAGGGUGCUCCGUGAUUUCUGUACAGGGCAGCUGCUGCACUGCGAGCAUCCGCCGGGCAGUGAAUCCAGCGUGGAGCCUCAGAGUCAUCUCCUGAACGAGCAGGACUCCGAGUCAGACUUCAGCGAUCUCGAUGCAUUCCUGGAGGAAGGAAAGGAGCGGAAGAUGACGAAGCGCAAGAUGCGCCACCUGCAAAAGCAGAUGGCGAAGGGCGGCGUCAUCGCCCCGCAGGCCUUAGAGAAGAGAAAGGGUGCGCAGUAUGCUGGUAAGAACAUUCGUGGGAAGACGGUGUUGGGAUGA